AUGGACGAGCCUGUUAAAUGUCUCGCAACACCUGAACAGCGGCUGAUCGAAGAAAGGUUUUUCCUUCUUGGAGUCAUUGGAACAAUUAUCGCCAUUUUUGGAGUUAUUGCUAACGGAUUUCUCGCUGCAUUGUUCUUAACAAGAAAAAUAUUCAGAAAUUCGCCAUUCUUCUUCCUUGGAUUCGUCGCCUUCUUCGACACUCUCGUAGACGCAACAUUUCUUGUUCUCGCGCCGAUGGAAGUGAGCUCAGUCUAUUACAACGAAGGUGUCGUUUAUGAGAUUUGGUUGUCGUUUUUUCGACAUGUCUAUCUGUUCGCUCAAAUUGUCAAAAUCGCUUCCGUGUUUUCGCUAAUAAUGGCCAGUAUCGAAAGAUAUUUCAUGACAAAACACUGGACAUUUGUUGGAUUUGAGACGAGAACUCGCUGGUUUGUGCUUCUUUGCUUGAUUUGUUUCUCAGUUUUCAUCAAAUCCAUGUCCGAAGAAGCCAUGGUGAUACUUCGCGAAGAUUGUUUCGGACACAUGCGACAUGCAAUCCGAAUUCAACGCGGCGAGCUCGGCCACAUGGGGCUACUGCACUGUCUUGCCAUUUUUCUUCCAUUUUUCACAUUAAUAUUCUUAAACGGUGGAAUCGUAAUAAUGCUAUGGAAACGAAAUGUGCAGCAAUUACGAAGUUUAAUUGCUGAGCUAACAUUAGGGCACGAUUUGUCGAAAAUUCGAAGGAAGAAUUUGCGAUGUGCAACACGAACGCUUAUUGUUAUAAUUUCUGCAUAUUUGAUAUCGAAUUUAUUAAAUCUCGUUCUUAUAAUUACGGAAUAUGUCGAUCCAGAUUUUUUGCAAAUUCAUCAUCCUGACUUCAAUAGAUUGGCAACUGAUUCAGCCGCUCUUCUAACUGUCGUUGGAAACGCAAUCCGAUGUCCUGCUCAUAUGUUUUCAAAUUCGGAAAUUCGUACUCAAUUUCGAAUAAUGUUAUGCGGAGAGGAAGAUAAAAAGGAAGUGAAACAUCUCGAGCGUCGCGCAACCCAAGAAAAACUCGACAAUCCAUGGAUGACUCUUAUGUGGGUGUCGGCCAACAAUCCGAAUCCGUCAGACGACGAAAGAGCAGCAUUUAUGGCAAAAGCUUAUAUGAAAUGGCACUCGGCCAUCGCGAUUGUUUGA